UUUGUAUUUAAUUAUAAAUUUAUAAAAAAGUGUAAAAUACUCUAUAUGUUAUUUUAAAAUUUUAUAAAUAAUCAAUUUAAUAAAUUAAUAUACAUAAAUAUUCUCAUUCAAUAUGCUUAUAUAUUCAAAAUUUAAAAGAGUUCCGAUGUAUUCUUUGAGUAAAACUCAUGAAAACAUCUUCAAUAAUAUUUAUUUCCAACAAAUAAUAAUAAUAAAACGGUCACUAAUGUGAUUCCAAAAUUAAUUUUCAUUUCUCUAUGUAAGAAAACAAAAAAAAAAAAAAUCAAUGAUUUUAAAUGUUAAUUAUAAAUUAAAAAAAAAUUAUAAUAUCUAUAAAAAAAGUUAAUAUAAAAUUUUAAAUAAAAAAUUUGCAAGAAAAAAAAAAUUAAAGCUAAAUCAUAUAAAUUCUAAUAGAGAAUUUUAAUAAUAAAAAGAUAAAUAAAAAUUAAAUUUUCAAUAAAAUUCAAAUUUUAUAAAGAAAAUUAUAAAAAUUGAUCAUUAUAUGGGAAUGAUGAAACGACAACGAGAUGAUAUACAAUUUGGUUCACGUACUGGAAGCGGCGGCACUGUUGGUGGUGGUGGUGGCGCUGGUACUGGAGCUGGUCCACCACAUCAUCGUAUAAUAGCUCAACAACAUGGUGGUCCAACUAUACAAUAUCAAUUAACAACUCCAGCUGGUGUAUUAAAAACAACAAAUGUACCCGAGGUUACUGGAAGUGUUGGUGGUGGUGCUGUUGUUCAAUCUCAAACUGUGCAAUAUUCUACUUCUUAUAAUGUUACACCAAUAAAUACUGGGCUAAAAUCUCAAUCUCAAGGAGGCCCUGGUACUAUAAUUGGUGGUGGUGGCGUACCAAUAGGUGCAGAUGUUCAAUCGGUUGGUAGUGGACCCAUUCAUGUAACAAGUGCCACCAAUGUUAUGAGACAUAAAGCAGGUGGAGUACCACCACCCAAUUCCGUCGGUUCAACAACAAUUACUGGAGCGAAUUCUGUUGGUGGCGGAAAUGUUAACUCUCAAAUAAAUCCACAAGUACAACAAGGAACUGGUCCCCCACCUGGCCCUCCACCAAGACUUAAAGUUGAAGAUGCUCUUAGUUAUUUAGAUCAAGUUAAAUUCCAAUAUGCGGAUCAACCGCAAAUUUAUAAUAAUUUUUUGGAUAUUAUGAAAGAAUUUAAAUCUCAGUGUAUUGAUACUCCUGGUGUGAUUCAACGUGUAUCAAAUUUAUUUAAGGGACAUACCGAAUUAAUAUAUGGUUUUAAUAUGUUUUUACCUCCUGGUUAUAAAAUUGAAAUACAAUCAAACGAUCAAGGCAUAUCCGUUCCAGUAGUUUCUAUGCCUGGGGAACCAACCAAUCAAGCUCCUGUUUCCCUUAUAUCACAAACUAGUUCAAAUACUGUUACUCAUAAAACUCCAAGUAGUGGAACGGUUGUUCAUCAAAUUCAAUCUGGUGGAAAUUCUGGCCCGGUUAAUCUUAUUACACAUUCUUCAAAUCAAAGUGUUUCAAUUACAGGCAACAGUAAUGUGUCUGUAAAUAGUAACAUUUCGGCUAAUUUGCAUGGUAGCGGGUCGCUUGCACCGCCUUCAAAUGUGGCUGGCGCUAUGAGUUCUGGUCCACAUUCGGUACAACCACAUCAGUCUCCAGCUCAUCCGUCUCAAAGUGUUGUGCCACAACAAACAAUAGUACCAUCAAAUUAUUCAAGAGAUCAUCAUGCACAACAAUCAUUACCGCCGCCACAACACCACCGUGAAAGAACAUCAUCGUUUUCUGGUGGACCUCAAACUCCAAUAAGCGAUAUAAACAAUCAACCUGCUAGUGGUCACAAUUUACAUCAUAUUUCUCAAGCUCAUCAGUCUAUAUUAAUGGGUGAAUCUGGUGGCCAACAAAAUCAACCAGUGGAAUUCAAUCACGCAAUAACCUAUGUCAAUAAAAUUAAGAAUCGAUUUCAAAAUCAACCUGAAAAAUAUAAACGCUUUCUGGAGAUUCUACACACUUAUCAAAAAGAACAAAAGGUUUUAAAAGAGGGAGCUAACAUUCAACAGCCAAAAACUUUGACGGAAGCUGAAGUGUAUACUCAAGUUGCCAAAUUAUUUGAUCAACAAGAAGAUUUAUUACGUGAAUUUGGACAAUUUCUUCCAGAUGCGACUAAUCAUUCAACAACUCAAUAUAUGAACAAAGCGCACAAUGACCAUAAAAAAAUUAUGUCCUCUCAAAUUCCAGGUGGAACCAUACCCCAUGGACCUCCUGCUGGUGCACCUGGGCCGAUGAAGCCGUAUAACAAUAAUCAAAAUAAUAUGUCUCGAAUGGAUCGUGAUCACUAUGAUAAAGACUAUCAUAUGCCAAGAGAAAAAGAACGACAAAAUAAUAAUAAGUUUACUGGUCAUAAUUUAUCACAAUCUAAGAAAUCUCCAAGCUAUAGCGGAAUGUUAGUUAGCACUCAUAUAUCAUCACGAAGACCUGAUGAGAGUGGUGCGCCACCAACAAAACGUCAUAAACCAAUCAGCAGAGAUGUGACGUUUUUAGAAGCUUCUCGAUAUGGUACAUUAGCAGAUGCCGCAUUUUUUGAUAAAGUUCGUAAAGCUUUGCGUAGUCCAGAAGUUUAUGACAAUUUCUUACGAUGUCUUACGUUAUUCAACCAAGAAAUAAUUUCAAAAUCCGAAUUGCAGUUAUUGGUUUCUCCAUUUUUAAGUAAGUUCCCAGAAUUGAAUAGAUGGUUCCAAGAAUUUUUAGGACCAGCUACAGCACCAGAAGGAAUACCUUUAAAUGCAGCCCAACGACAAGACCGUAACCAAGGUGGGGAAUUGGCUCAAGAAAUAGAUUUAUCAUCUUGUAAACGUUUGGGAGCUAGUUAUUGUGCGCUUCCUAAAACAACAGAACCUAAGAAAUGCUCUGGUAGAACACAGUUAUGCCGUGAAGUUUUAAAUGACACAUGGGUUUCAUUUCCAACAUGGGCAAGUGAAGAUUCUACAUUUGUCACAUCAAGGAAAACCCAAUUCGAAGAAAUCAUAUAUAGGGCCAUUCACAGGACUGAAGACGAGCGUUUUGAGUUAGACGUUGUAAUUGAAACAAAUAGUUCAACAAUACGCGUAUUAGAAGGUGUACAAAAAAAAUUGUCGCGUAUGUCUCCAGAAGAAGUUCAACGAUUUAGAUUAGAUGAUUGCCUUGGUGGUAGCUCACCAACUAUUCAUCAACGCUCAUUAAGACGUAUUUAUGGUGACAAAGCAAAUGAAAUUAUUCAGGGUCUUAAAAAGAACCCUGUUGUAGCAGUUCCAGUAGUUUUAAGACGUUUGAAAGCAAAAGAAGAAGAAUGGCGUGAGGCUCAGAAGAAUUUCAAUAAACAAUGGCGAGAGCAAAAUGAAAAGUAUUACUUAAAAUCAUUGGACCAUCAAGCUAUCAAUUUUAAGCCAAAUGAUAUUAAAGCUUUACGCUCUAAAAGUUUAUUCAAUGAAAUCGAAACGUUAUAUGAUGAGCGUCAUGAGCAAAAUGAAGAGUCAUCGGAGCCAAUUGUUGGACCACAUUUAAUUUUGCCAUAUAAAGAUAAAACAAUAUUAGAUGAUGCAGCAAAUUUGUUGAUUCAUCAUGUUAAAAGACAAACUGGUAUUCAAAAGCAAGAAAAAACAAAAAUCAAGCAUAUAUUAAGACAGUUUGUGCCAGAUUUAUUUUUCUCAAAUCGACAGCCAUUAAGUGACGAUGAAAAGGAUGAUGUAUUCCCAUUUUUAAUAGAUGACAAGGAAGCUAUGGAUGUUGACCCAUCAGAUUCAGAUUCAACAAAAACAAAAUCAAAUUCGUCAUCGCUUAAAAUAUCGUCGGCCUCUAUAAAAACUGAGGAUUUAAGGGACAGUGGUGGUAACAUUAUAAGUAAUAGUAGUACUAAUAUUGGAAGGAAUUCUCCGAGAGAACCAAAUUCAAUAACUACGCCUUUCUCAACUGGUGGAACAGCUACUCAAUUUUCCCAAAUUAAAAAUGAAAAUAGUGCAAACGGGUUGGCAAUAAAUCCUUGUAGUAUUGUAAAGAACAACGGCAGCGAAAUUAAUAUAGUACGAGGCAAUAAUGAUAACAAAAUGUCGUUAACAACAGUAAUUACAACAUCUGGCUCUACAAUAAUUUCAUCAUCUGGAAAUAAUUCCAGUAAUUUAUUAUCGAGUAAUAAAAUCACUAGUAGUACUAUUUCAAAUAUAAUAACUGAUAAUAUUAAUAGUAAUAAUAAUAUUAAUAGUAAUACAAUUAAUAAUAAUGACAACAAUAGUAACAAUUUUAAGAAUAAAGAAACUAAUAGUAGUAUAAUUAAUACAAAUAUUAAUAUAUCCGGUAAUAAUAACGAUACUAGUAACAAUAAUAAUGAAAAUAAAAAUAUAAGUAAUAAUAAUCCAAAUAACUAUAUUUGUGGAAGUAAUAGUGCUGGUAUGAAUAAUGACCCUAGCAACAAUAGUAAUAACAAUGCUACUAUCAGUAAUAAUUAUAAUAGAAACAAUAAUGAUCACAACAGUGGUAAUCGUAAUAAUGUUAACAACGAUAAUAAUAAUAAUAACAACAUAAGUAACGAUGCUAGUAAUAAUAGUAAUACUUACCGCACUAUUAUAAAUAGCGGUAAUAGUAAUAAUAAUACUAAUAACAGUAUUGGUAUUAAUAAUGAUAAUAUUAAUAACCCUAAUAAUAACAUUAAUGAUAAUAACAAUAUUAGUAAUAAUAGCUCCAAUAAUAAUAAUAAUAGUGAUAAUAACAAUAGCAAUAAUAAAAUUUGCGGCAUUAAUAAUAGCAAUAGUAAUAACAAUAUAAGUAAUAAUCAGGAUAACAACAGUAAUAUUAUAAGUAAUAUGAUAGAUAAUAAUUAUAAUAGUAAUAAUAUUAUGAAUAAUAGUAAUAGUAACAAUGGAAAUAAUAUUAAUAACAGUGGAAAUGAUAGUAAUAAUAAUAAUAGUAAUAGCAAUGUGAAUAAUAAUAAUCGCGAUGAUAGUCGCAUCAUAAAUAUCAAUAACAAUAAUAACGAUAACAAUAGUGCUAAUAGUAGUAAUAAUAACAGUGGAAAAAUGAAUUCCACUAGUGAUAAUAAAGUGAUAAAGAGUGAAAGUAUAUCGGAUUUAACUACUGAUGUUGAUUUUAAUAAUUGUGGUAAUAAUAGCAAUAGCAAUAAUAGUAAUAUUAUUAGUAAUAAUAAUAAUAUUGUACCAACUUCAACGAAUUCAAUAGCAAUGGGAAAUAAUAAUAGCAGUAAUUGUAAUAAUAAAUGUGAUUUAACAUCAAAUAAAAUUGAUAUAAAAUUAGAAAAUGAAACAGAUUCAACACCGCUUCCAGCUCAUGCAGUUAGUAAACAUACUGACGAAGCUUACACUUUAUUUUUCGUGAAUAAUAAUUGGUACUUGUUCCUGCGAUUACAUGCUAUUUUGUGCGAAAGACUGCGUACAAUGUAUGAACGAACACAAAUUUUAGCGGCUGAAGAGGAGAAAUAUAAGACAAAUCGUCGUGAAAGUACAGCAACUGCUUUAAGACUGAAACCAAAAAGUGAAAUACAAGUUGAAGAUUAUUAUCCAACAUUUUUGGAUAUGUUAAAGAAUGUUCUUGAUGGUAAUAUGGAUUCAAAUACGUAUGAGGAUUCAUUAAGGGAAAUGUUUGGUAUACACGCAUAUAUAUCAUUUACAUUAGAUAGGGUGGUAUCAAAUGCUGUACGGCAACUUCAACAUUGUGUUACAGAACGUGGUGCAUUAGAAUGCGUAGAAUUAUUUCAUUGUGAGCAAAGAAAAGGUGGCGCUGGUGGUCUUUGCAGGACAGCAAAUAAACGUAUUGCAGCUGAACUAGCAUAUCAAAGAAAAGCUGAAACAAGUUUACAAGAUGAAAACUGUUUCAAAGUUUAUAUUUAUAAAAUUGAUUGUCGUGUCACAAUCGAGUUACUUGACACCGAAAAUGAUGAAAAUGAAAAAAAUGUAGCAAAUAGUCAGACAUGGGCGAAAGUAGUUGAUAGAAUGACAAAUCCAGCAUCAAGCAGCAAUACAAAUUCAAAUAAUGGUAAUAAUCAUAACAAUAAUAGUAAUAAUACUACCAAUAAUACCGCAAUUAAUCAAAAUGUAAAUAAAUCUGGAAAUGGAAAUAAUGGGGCUGAUGUUGAUAAUGUUGAAAUAAAGACAGAAAAAUUAGAUGAUGAUAUGAAUAUGUCGAUUCCGCGGAAACCACUUUUUUUACAACGUAAUAUUCGACAAUUUAAUAGUCGUUAUUCAAAAUCAUCGACUGCAAUUACAAAUUUAAUGGGAAAUCAAAAUAUAAAUCAAUCAGUUAAUUCGUUAAUUACAACGAGCUCGAUGGCAAACUCAACAACAAUAACAUCAACUGAACAACAUUCAUCAUCCCGAUUAGUGUCAUCUGGAACAGUAAAUGUUAUAAGUGAUACAAAAAUUAAUCGAUUAAAUUCUACUAUAGUACAACAUCAACAACAAACGAUAACACCAACAUCAAGUAUUACGAUACCCAAUUCAACAAUGAUGGGUGGUAAUAGUAAUAUGACAAUAUCAAAUAAUAAUGGAUCAAAUAUAAAUUUAAUUAAUAGUAGUAGUAAUAAUAGCAAUAAUAAUAAUAAUAAUAAAAAUAAUAACAAUAAUAAUAAUAACAAUAAUAAUAAUGGUAAUAAAGGAGGUAAUGUAAUAUUACCAAUAAAUUCUAGUGUUCAACAAAAUUCAGCAAUAAACCUUGCUGCAAUCGAUGAUCCAUUUUGGAAUAGACGAUUACCAGAAAGAAUUGGUACUUGUCAUGGUCAUAAUGAACAAUAUAUAGUUAAUGAUCGGGAAGAAGUUAAAAUUAAUCAAUUAUCGUACAAAAUGUUCUUUGUAAUGAAUAAAGAUGUUACUUUAUAUAAAAAGAACUCAUUGAAAAAAGCAAAACAGACACAUGCAACCGUAACAUAUAGGAUGCAAAAACGUUUUAAUGCAUUUGUUGCAAAAUGGUUGGAAAAGAAUGUUACUGAACAGCAAAGACAUCGUUGUAAUGAUUGGUUAGUUGGUCGUUGUCCUGAUUUAGCGAAUAAUGUUACUAAAAUUUUUCAAGAAAAUGAUCUAAGAAGAACACCUUACAAAAAAUUUAAUAGAUAUAAAGUUGAACGAAUUGAAAGUUAGUAUUAAAAUAAAAUAAAAGAGAAAACAAAAAAACAAUGUAAAAAUAAAAAUCCAAAAAAUUAUAUUACAAUUUCUAGAAAUACCUUAGGACGAAAAUAAAUGAAACAUAAAAAUUGAAUAAAUAAAAAUUUUAAAAAAAUUUUUUUCUUAAAUCCUGUUAAAUGUUCAUUUUGUUUUUUCUCCUUCAUUCAUAAGUAAAAAUAAGAAUGUAAUUUUUUAUUUUAACAUUUAAAUUUUAAGAAAUGUGUAAUACAAUAACGAAAAAAACACACAAAAACAAAAAAAAAAGUGAAAAAAUUAAAAUAAUAUACUUCUUUGUUUUGAUAGAAAUGGUAGUAAUUAGGGUAUUAUACCCAUUACAAAACUAUUACAGUAUCUACUAAAUAAAUAAGAAGAAAAAAAUUUUGCUUUUUAAUAGUUUCAUAAGAAAGAAAUUCCGUGGCAUAAAAUUUUUAUGUUAAAUUAAAUUUAUCUUAUGUUAAUAAUAAUUAAGGUAAAACAAAAAAAAAAAGAAUAUUUUAAAAUUUCAUAUAAAUUAUUUUUAUUAUUUUGAUUUGCCAGAAUUGUUUCUUUUUUAAUUUAUAUUUAAGCCGUAAGUAUCAUGUACGUGAAAUAAACGACUAUGAGAGAUAGAGCGUAUAGUAAAUAUGAUUUUUAAUUGUACAAUGAUUACUUCAAUUUAAAAUAAAUUAAUACAUAUAAGUGACCAGAAAUAAGAAAAAAAAAAAAAGAAUUAAAAUUUAAUUGUAAAAUUAUUUUGUUGCAAGAAUGUAACAAUAUGCAAUUAUUAUGCGAGAGGUUGCUAAUACUUUCAAUUUAAAAAUAAGUUAAUAUUAUUGUCAAUAAAUUGCUUUUUAUUUUAGUUUUUACAAUAAAAAUUUUCAUGUAAAAUUUUCUUAGAAUAUUUAAUGAAAUUAAUUAAAAUGUAGAUAUUUUAAAUAAGUAGCCAUAUUUGAAAUUAAAAAUUAAUAUUUUAAUCUAUUAAUUACAUACAUAUAUAUUACAAUUUUGUAGAAACGAUAAAUAAAAAAAAAAUAAUAAUAUAAUAUAAUUGUAAAGCAUAAAUUUUAUUCACUUUGUUGUUUUCAUAUUAAAAAUAAAAGAUUUUUUAAAUAAUCAUUUUAGACAGUGUUGUUAAUAUAAAAACUUGUUUU